AACGCUACUUUAACAUUGAUGAAGAAGGAAUGGAAGAAAACGGAUCAGAAGAAAACACAAGUGCGGCUUCUGACGAGAAGUCUGCCACAUCAGACAUGGAGCAGAAGGAAGAAGGAAGGGAUUUUGACAGACACUUUGCUCUGUAUUCUUGUAAUGUACACAAAGAAGAGAGAAACUCCGAAACUGAGAGUAUAGCAUCAGAGAACAGUCAGACUGACAGCAAUGUUAGUUUGUCUGUGUUAUCUACUGAUUUGGAUGCAUCUGUUGAGACUGAACUUCGGAAAUUCAUCGGUCAGAAAUUGAUGAAGAAUUUGGUUUAUAGUGAUACUGGAUCCAUAUCCUCCAUGGAAUACAGGUCAGAUGACGAUGUGAAGACCAGUUUCUCCUGUUACUAUUGUAUGCUGGAGAAUGUGGAGGAGAAACAGCUGGUGGUCAACGGUGACAAUACACCUGACCCGCAACAAAGGAAGUACAUUGUCUGUUUCAUGGCGCUACAGAAAAACAGUUUGGACUAUUUUCAACGUGAACUGGAUGUCUAUUGCAACGGAGUUGUGCAGUACCUUGAUCAACAGGUUUGCUGUGAUCCUAGCAUGCAAGAAGAACAGGAUACACAGGAUAAAUCUAAGGUAACAGAGCUUACAAACAUUGACACUUCGGUGCGAACUUACCUGGAGAAUUGGUGUGAGGUGACCAUGGAUUACACCUGUCGAUGUAUGAAAAUACUCAAGCAAAGUGCCAAAUACAUUCUGUAUGGGGCAUUAGUGGAUGCCAGGUUUCAGUUUGAAGGCAUGACAGACCAGCAGAAGGACGACUUACAGAGGUUUCUGAAGGCAUGUAAUCUGUCAGAGAUCUUAAAGCAAACAGACCAGGAGAAGCGUGAGGCCAGUCCAGCAUCAACGGGAAGUCUUGACUUACUGGUUGAUUUGGGAGAGUACAAUGCUGCACCCCAGCAAACAAUUACCCUAACACUGGCACAGAACAUGGUGAAUUGUUCACCAGAAGAUUGCACAAUCUUCUGUGAGGAUUGGGGUAAAGUUUUAAACAAAACUGACCUAAAUAGAGCGAGUCAAAUCAGACAUGUUUUGGAGGCAUUUAAGAUAAAGUACAUCCAAAGUAUAAAUACUCUAAAGAGACUUCUUAUUCAGGCUGAAGCAGAUUACUAUGCAUUAUACAAAUCCUACGUGUUUAUAAAGAAUUCUGGGAAUGCAGAAGUACUUCUAAAUUAUGGCCAUUUAGACUCGAUACCUGAGGUACAAGACGUUGUCAAGUCCCUGAAGGAGUUCAUCAAAGAAAUCAAGCAGACCCCGGGAUGAAAUCUAAUUUCAUGUGCAAUCAAUACUGGCAAAUAUUUAUUUUUAAAGGGGCAUCUUGAUUUCUUUACCAAUAUUUAAGAAUGUAUUAAAUAGAAAAAAGGGAUGUUUUUAUGCAUGUUUGCUGUUACAGAACAGCUGAACAAUUAGGGAUAUAAUUCCGAAGAAGGUUUUAUAGAUUAAUUUUGUACUGACCAAUCAAGACAAACCUGCCUUCUGCUUAGACCACCUCAACAUUUAUUUAGAAUAGUAGUUAUAUAUUGUACUCUAUGUCAGGAAGCAUAGUACCCACUGAGAGGAUUGUCUCUUGCAUUACACCCUCCUCCGCAGAAAACAGAACUUGUUUGAUUUUAAUGAGUUCAAAUGAUUUUUUUGCAGUGUUAAAUUAGAAACACAAUGUUUAUAAUAGGAAUCACCACUACAUCAGAAUUAAGUCUGGGACUAUUAUCUUGUCCUAUGAAUCUUAAGGAGCCUGGCCCUUUCACAUAUCUAGCUCACUAGUAAACUAGUCCAGAGUUAAACUCCCAGUAGAACCACUUUCAAAGAGUUUCAUCUGUUACAUUAAUUAAAUAUAUUUGAAUUUGACAGAUUCAGUUAUAUAUUUACACCACAGUAUGGGAACAUCUUGAUAAGAUUAAGGGGGCAUCAGUCAAGGUUAAAGGACACACCUUACCCCUUUUGGUGUAUUAUAUACAAGCCCUGGCUCACUUUGUUUUUACUUAACCAUUUCUGUGUUGCUAAUUUUUUUUUAUAAAGAAGGAGAGGCAAUAUGCCAGAAACGUUUAUGACCAUGUUUUUUUUAAAUACGAUUUAUCAGGGAAUCAGAAGCUCUAUACAAGCUUGAAAAGUUCAUAUAAGAGUAAGCAUUGAUAUUACAUAUAAAUGAACAAUGUUGUUAUAUAAUUGUUAAUCAUAUUUUGUGGUCAUUUUACAGACUUAUUGAAGGUUGAAAUUGCAUGUUCUAAAAUUUCACUUUAAAACACAAGUGUAUUGUGAAAUUUUGGUAUUGUGACCUUAUGUCGACCUGCUGAUGUUGAUCUAAUGCAGAAACACGCCCCUUUAUACGUCCAGGUUAGUUGUACUGAUAUCACAGUGUAUCAGUGUCCUCUACCUCUAUAACUAGAUCGUAUUGCACAAUAUGGGGAAACAUUACGGUAUUCUCACUGUAUACACUGUAUUUAACCUGAUACGUUAGGUUGUAUAAAGCUAUUCAGACUUAACAAUUAAACAUUAAGUUGGAGUUUUAUAAUCAGAAAAAAUACCAUCUCAGUCUACAGUCUCAGUAGUAACAUGUAGUCAUACCCACUGUCAUUCAUCAACUUAAUAAUAGGCUUCUUCAAAUUAGCCAGUUCAAGUAAAAAUAAUUAAUAAAUGGCAUAUGUGAGAAUGUAGGUGUGAUUUUAAAUCCCAAGACAAGCAAGUGUGGAUUUCAGUUUGAAUAGUAAUGAAAAUAACACAUAUUCAAAUUUUAACUUCAUUUGUCAUCAAGCUAUUGCAGUCCAGGACCAAAAUACUUACAUCCAACCAUGUCUGUUUUUGAAUGUGAGUCCGAAUUUGAUGUUUGAACAGGCGAGGUUCCACAGGAAUUGAAUGUAUCAUUAUUACCAUACUGUCCUACUGUUAAUUUUCUAUAAUGUGCAGUUUUUUGAUAGCAGUCCUGGGUGGUAGUAAUCUAGUAACAUGUAGUCAUACCCACUGUCACAGGACCUGGCGAGGAUGUACUUUACAUGUAACAAGUAAUUUUGUAUAAAAUUUGUGAUUGUCAUUUAGGAUUUAAAAAGAAAGAAGUGACAAAUGAUAAUGUACAUGAUCUUUUUGCUGGUAAUUCUACUAUGUGUUGCGUUAUAUAAAAAAAACUAGAAUUUUUAUAAAGGAAAUCAUGAUGACAAGGUUGUUGAAAUAAAGUUAUUAUUAAAGUUCAAUUGUUUUCGUGUAGAUAAUUA